CACGCAAACACCACACGCACACGCAUCACACGCACACGCAUCACACGCACACGCAUCACACGCAUCACACGCACACGAUCGCGUGCUCUCUCUUGUUUGAACCUUUGUUGUUGUUGUUGCUCUUGCUGUUUCCGCACACAAGAGCAACAAGGCAAUCCAUCCAUCGCGGUGGCGUGUGUGUUCAUUCGACUGACUACACAGCCAGCCACACAAUCUCUCCCCCCCCCCCAUCGUUCACUUUCCCACACCUUCCGAACAAAGCACUCGUCAUCCUUUGAUUGCAUUUUUUGUCACACCACGCUCGUGCGCUUGUGCAUCGUUGAGGAAUGAUGAUGGCGACCACCACCACCGCCACCGCCCACACAGAAGACGCUGGCACCGCGCAGCCUGCACAGCCCGCACAGGCUUCCACCACCGCAAACGGCGACACGAACACUCAGACCAAGGAUGCGUUUGUGCUUGGCACGCCGUUGAAGCUGGAUGACCUGCACAAGUUUGCCCGCAGCCCCUACCGCGAGGUCGACUAUGACAGCGACUGGAACCCCAGCACCAAGAUGCCAAAGGUGACAUACGAGCGGUCUGCUGUUGAACCCAACGCGGUGCACCCGGACCACCACGUGUUCCGCCCGACACGCGACCUCGGCGACGAUGUUAUGCCGUGGCAGCUGCCGUCGCCACACUGCAACGCAACAGCCCGCGCACCGGCAGACCUCCACCCGCUCAAUUUCCAUCCAGAUAACCACAAGUUUCGUGAUGAGAUUCCGUCGUGGUCGCUGCAGGUGCCCUGGAAGGUGGCGGGCAAAGCAGAGACGGAGCCCUUUGGACCGCAGCUCGAGCCCAACGCGCGCCAUCCAGACACAUAUGUGUUCCGGGAGGACGCGCACUCGGACGUGGAGUGGGUGCCAAGCGGGCCCGUCACCACGCACCCACAGGACAGGUCGCUUGUCGACACGACACCCAACGCACACCCUGACAACCACAAGUUCAGGGACGAGGCUGAGGUGGAUGUGGAGUGGAAGGCACUUGGUGCAGUGACACACGACGACAACCACUUGCUUGACACGACACCGAACAAGCACCCAGACAACCACAAGUUCAGGGAUGAGGCUGAGGUGGAUGUGCAGUGGCACGCGGGUGGCGCUAUUGCUCGUGACGACAACCACUUGCUUGACACGACACCCAACGCACACCCAGACAACCACAAGUUCAGGGAUGAGGCUGAGGUGGAUGUGCAGUGGCACGCGGGUGGCGCUAUUGCUCGUGACGACAACCACUUGCUUGACACGACACCCAACGCACACCCUGACAACCACAAGUUCAGGGACGAGGCUGAGGUGGAUGUGCAGUGGCACGCGGGUGGCGCUAUUGCUCGUGACGACAACCACUUGCUUGACACGACACCGAACAAGCACCCUGACAACCACAAGUUCAGGGAUGAGGCUGAGGCAGACGUGCAGUGGCACGCUGGUGGCGCUAUUGCUCGUGACGACAACCACUUGCUUGACACGACACCAAACAAGCACCCUGACAACCACAAGUUCAGGGACGAGGCUGAGGUGGAUGUGGAGUGGAAGGCACUUGGUGCAGUGACACACGACGACCACCACUUGCUUGACACGACACCGAACAAGCACCCAGACAACCACAAGUUCAGGGACGAGGCUGAGGCAGACGUGCAGUGGCACGCGGGUGGUUCCAUUGUGUACGAAGACAACCACCUCCUCGACGCCACCCCCAACAAACACCCUGACAACCACACCUUCAGGGACCUUGCUGUGACGCCCGGCAGCGACGAGGCGUGGAACUUCAGCACACACGUAGAUGAGCCACCGCUGGCCCUCGACACGAAGCCGCUCAACUCCCCCGCGCAUGUGUUCCGGGACCUGCGCAACCCGGAGGUGCCGUUCAAGUUGACGCCGCGUGUUGAUCGCUCGUCGCCCGCACUCGACACCACGCCCGCACCCGUGCACCCGGACAACGUCACGUUCAGAGACGUCUCCCUGGACCGCCAGUGGAACAUCUCACGCGACCGCUCCGAGAGCCCCAUUGUGCUGCAGAAGCCAAUCUACCUCAAGGAAAGCGUCGACAAGUUUGCGUUCCGCGAUGUUGUGUACGGCGGCUGGAACGGCUCUCCUCGCUCGUCCUCGUCAGCACAGGCGCGCCCCUUGUCGUCGGCCGGCGGCAGCGAGCAUGAUCUGUUUGCCACGCGUGCGCGCAAGCACAUCUUUCGCAGCAUCAACCCGUCCCCGCUUGGGUGGAACGCCAGCACCCGCCCCGUGCCCAUCAAGGGUCCCCAGAGCCUUGGUGCAGCCGAAGCAGAGGCCGUGCGCCUCCUCAAGCCAUCGUCGCGCCCAUCGUCGCGUGGUGGCCACCGUCGCCGCACCUCCCUCAGCCCGCGCACAGGCACCCCAACUUCCUUCAGGCGCCGUGCCCCGCGCCCCCGUGGGCGCUCGCCAACAGCUGGCCGCGGGCCUUCAUCGUCGGCGUCGUCGUCGUAUUCCAUGGUGGCAGCCAAGAGCGCAUCGCCCAUGUUGCGGAAGAAGCAGAUGGCAGCACAGGCGAGCAGGGCCAGCGGUGUGCCCAAGGCGGGACGGCAGCAGGCCGUGGCCACGAAGAAGGCGAAGAAGGCUGCAAACACAAAGUCUGGCAAGAAGAAGACACAGAAGAAGGUGAAGAAGGGAGCAGCAAAGGCGCAGCUGGAGGGUGAGGACGUGCAGCCAUCCCAGACGGCCGCUGCCGCUGCCGCAACCACAACCGGCACAGAGCAGGAAGAGAUGGAUGUGGAGCAGGACACCGCUGCUGGCGCUGUGUCUGAUGCUGAGCACGAAGCAGAGGAAGAGGUGGAGAGAUCUGACAUUGAGAUCACCCUGGCAGAUGAAGAUGAAGAUGAAGAUGAAGAGGCGAGUGAGGAGGAGGAGGAAAAGGCCGAUGGCGCUGUGGCGAUGGGGCCGCUCGUGGUGGAAGGCGGCACUAGCAGCGGGGAGGAAGAAGACGACGAGGAGCUGGUCACUGUUGAGGAGGAGGCGGAGGACGAAGAGGCUGUGACGGCAGCUGCCACAGAGCAGCAGCAGGAGGAAGAGGAGGCGGAGGAAAAGCAAGCUGUGGCUGCUGAAACCGUGGCAGAAGACAAGGAAGAGAAGGAGGAGGAAGAGAAGAAGGAGGAAGAGAAGGCACCGCCAGCCGUGACCGUGACGACUGGAAGCGGUGCAGCGGCGGUGAUUUCCGAGACGAACCCCUUCUUUGCGGCGCUGAGCGGUCUGGAGGAAGAGAGCACCGCUGAUGGCACCACCGCCACCAGCGACAAUGCCGGGGACGCCACAGCUGCCCGCACCAACGUGUACGCCACCAGCAAAGAUGAUGCCGAUGAGGAAGAGGAGGAGGAGGAAGAGGAGGAAGAGGAGGAAGACGAUGAGCUUGAUUUGGUUGAGGUUGAUGUGGAGCUGGAUGAAGGCAGCGAUGAGGACGAUGCAGCCAUGUUUGACGACCUGACGCAGGUGGAUGCCGGCAAGGGGGACGUGGAUCUCUCGUUUGAGGCGGACAGGCAGCACGUGUACCGCAUCGACAAUGAUGUGGUGGCGGAGGAGGAGGAGGAGCGAGAAGAGGCAAGCAAGGAGGACAAGGGUGACGAGCAACAGGAACAGCAGGAGAACCGAGUGUCCACUGAAGACGGUGCUGAUGUGAAGCAACAGGGCGAUGAGGGGCACGACGACAAGCGCGGUGAGGAGAGCAAGCCCGCCACUGCCGCUGCCGCCGCCUCAGACGGCGCUGAUGGCGACGACGACGAUGAUACACAGCAGCCCGCGGGCCGCAUUGGUGUUGCUGUUGACGCAGCCGACAACGACAAAACAGCGACCACGCCCACUGCCGCGGCAGAUGGCAGCGCAGCCCCGCAGUCGCCGGCGGUCGAUGGUGGCAGCACCAACGGGUCGCUCGCAGACUACGACCACAGCAUUGUGGAGCAGCGAAGCCUGCUUGACGUGCUCACGGAGGGCGAUGUUGGCGCCAGUGACGGUGAUGGCGAGCUGGCUGGCGACGACGACACGGCCGCGCACGGGCGUGACAGCGGGGACAUGUUCCCGCCAGAGGAGGAUGACGAGGGCGAUGUGCUGGCGCUGCUCUCUGCACACACGACGCCGCGCCGCCGCACCCGUCGCAACCGCGACACGACCGCUACUGGUGGCGGUGCUGGGGGCAAGCGCCGCAACGACAGCGAGGUGUCGGCCUACUCUGUUGACGGCAGCCUGCACGGCGACGGCAACGAGGGGGAUGACGUCCCCAGCGAGUUUGCAGCGACACGCGCACAGGCGCUGUCGGAGGUGGCGGACGAGAUGCUGGCGCGGCCGGAGCAGCAGGCGGCACUGCAGCGGCGGGAGCAGCAGCAGGAGGAGGAGAGGAAGAAGCGCGAAUCCCAGCUGCUGUCUGCCGACGGUCAUGACGAUGGAAAGGAGGAAGAAGCCGCAAAGGAGGGCGAGGGUGCACCCGGCGACGACGAGGAGAGCAAGGUGCCAGAGCAGGCGUCCGCUGCCCCUCAGCAGCAAGAGCAGCAGCAGCAAAAGGAGGAAGAAGGUGCUGAAGACAAGCAGCGUGACCAGCAGUUUGCUGUUGCUGCCCUGCACUCUGCUGUGAAGCAUGAUGAUGCAUCUGCUGCUACUGCGGAGGCUGCUCGCGCCCGCUCCCGCCGUAAGGGCCGUCUUCGUCGCCUCGCUGGCCGCAUCUUCGGCCGCAAGAAGCGCGAUCACAAGAAGGACGAGGCAGACGUUGAUGAUGAUGAUGGUGAUGAUGACGGCGAGGAAGAUGUUGGCGUGGAUGACAAGGACACCGCCGCCACCGCGCUCGCCACCGAUACCACCGCUGAGACGAAGGAGCAACAAGACACGCCCGCCAAACAGAUGCCCUUCCCAACAGAGCCGUUUGAUUUCGAAGUGGUGAUUACGCGCACGGAUGACAAGCAGCCGCUUGGCAUGCGCAUCGGAACUCCAAAGCGCAGGACAGAUGCGAGUGGCGCUGUUCAGGACCACUACCCAAAGGUGUCGCUUCUUGAAAUGAACGGCCCCGUUGCGUCGACGGGUAAAGUGCUUGUUGGCGACCGUAUCGUCUCCCUCAAUGGGGAGUCCAUGCUCAACCUCUCCCACACCGCCGCCAUCUCCAAGUUCAAGAGCGCCGGCACGGAGAUGCGCAUUGUCUUCCGCCGCGACCCAUCUGUUGCCAUGCAGUCGCACCUUGUUGCCGCUUCCAUGGGCGCCUUCACCGUCGCCACCGCACCGGCAACUGCAACCACCGCAAACGCUGGCGCCAACGCCGACACCACCGCUGCUGCCUCGUCAUCAUCAUCAUCAUCCACCCCACAGCCUGCCAACGCUGCGACCCCUGCGAUUACAGCCGCCGCCAGCGGCAACUCAACAACAGCAUCGCCGACCACAGCCGCAGCAGCAGCAACAAGGACGACGGGUGGCGAGGAUGCGUCGCCGUCCACCCCGCGCUCCCGGCGCCGGCUGUUCAAGAUGUUUGGUGGCAAGAAGGGCAGCAAGAGCCCCGCGGCACCCGCAGAUGCAACACCGUCGUCAUCGUCGUCGUCGUCUGUCAAGCAUCUCAAUCGCGAUGGCCAGCACCAGCCCAACGGGAGCGGGUCAACGGAUCUUUCGCGUCUGCGUGCGAUUGCUGGUGAGGGCGACGGUGCCACUGCUGCUGCUGAUUCUCCAAAGUCGAAACGCCGUGGCCUCUUUGGACGCAAGCGCAAGUAGAAUGGAUGCAGUGGGUUCGCAUGUGGGAUGUGUGGCGUGGUAUGUGGGAUGGGAGGUUUGGAUUGGACUGGACUUAGUGGCACUGUGUCGUGCGAUGCGGCUGAUGUGGCGAUGGUUUCGUUGAAUUUGGUGCCAAGCUUCUUCUUGUGGUUUAGCGGUUGGUUUUUUAGGGCUGCCGUGUGCGUGCUUGACAGAAUGCACAAGGGAUGGAUGGAUGGAUAGUGUUUUGUUGGUUUCUUAUUCACACACGCACGCGUGUGUGUACGUGCGCGUGUGUACGAGUCUCACGUGCGUGCAUUCAACUGUCUUCGCCCAUUGUCUUCCUUUCUUUAACCGGAACAUGUUUGAUCCAUUGUGUGCGUGUGUGUGUAUAUGUGUGUGUGUGUGUGUGUGGUUGCGGUGUGACCGCAGAAAGUGAAACGUGAUCAGCAGAACAGUUCUUUUCCUGGCGUCAGACAUCAAAAAGUCGAGAAUAUGAUGAGGGUUCAAACAACGACAAUUAGUGAAGGUUAC